GGUGGACAUGCAGUCAGCUUUCUAGGGUCAGAAAUUCCCUAGGUUCGUUUGCUCUGAUAUCAAGCAUUCAAGCCUAAGGGUGGGCAAAUGGGUCAAGGAACCGCGAGUCGGAACAGAACCGACAGGCGUUUAAUCGCCCUCUGGAGAGUAUCUGAAGCAGCUUUGAGAGUUGAAACCAAAUAUUUCUUGGAAUCUCUACCUCAAAACCCGGUUUUUUUGCCUUACAUUCUUCUUCUUCUUCUUCUUGGCGCCGUCUAUUCUUCAACUUGGGUGGAGAUUGUUGUGCAAGCCAUGGGCACUCCCAACUUGGAAGCAGAUAAAAUGUUAGAUGUCUAUAUAUAUGAUUAUCUUGUGAAGAGGAAGAUGAAUCUUUCUGCAAGGGCAUUUUGUGCUGAAGCAGAAGUGCCCGCAGACCGAAAAGCAUUUGAUACUCCAGGUGGUUUUCUUUUUGAAUGGUGGUCAAUUUUUUGGGACAUUUUCAUUGCUAGGUAUAGAUGCCCUGCUUCAGGAUCUAGUUCUUCUCCCAAUGAGAUCGUAAUGCUGAAACUACAGGAGCAGCAGCAGCAGCAACAACAUCAUGGUGUGGGGCAGCAGCAGCAGCUUCAACAAUUGCUACUGCAAAAGCAUAUUGAACAGCAAACACAGAGACAACGAGAAGAGACUCGAUAUGAAUGUGGUGCUGACAAUGAAACUCAAUCAAGACAAAGCCGUGGGGCGGUGAAUGCCCAAACCAACAGUAAAUCUUCUUUGCUGGGGCCGAAUAGGAAGCCCAUGCAGUGUAGGACUGGUAGUAAUGCUCGUCAGCCUUUGGAUCAAAGUUAUACAGCGAUGUUAACUUCAGGAACACAUGGAGAUCAACAUCCACGUCGUGCAAAUCCUGGUGGGAAUCAAAGAUGUUUUUCUGGGAUGAAGGAUCAACCAAAGCAGCCUCAUAUUUCCCAUGGCCCAAAUAAUACAUUGAAUCCCUUAACAUGCCUCAAGUCUGCUGUCUCGGAUGAUUCUCUAACUCAACUUUAUGGAUCAAAUCACGGAGUGGGUACUUUGCCUUUGAAGGGUUGGUCACUAACGGGAUUUGAGCAGCAUCAAUCUGGACUUUCUCAGCUGCGAAGCCCUUUGGUGCAUCCAUCUCAACCCUCCCAGCAACUUCAGCUGCAACAGCAAAUUCACAGGCUUCUUGGUGAUCAGUAUAUGAAUGUCAGGAAAGACACACAACCACAUUUUUUGACUGAUAUGGUUCCCAAUGCAUUGCCAGUUCAAGCAGGCCUCCCCCUUUUUCCUGGUGCCGAUGAAACACUAGUCAAGCUCUAUCAGUUAGAAUUGGCAAAGGCCAACCGAAGCCAACAACAAUAUCCAAGGCCUACUGCACUCCGUCAAUGCACAGAUAUUUCGAGAUAUAAAUUUGCACAGCAAGAAAAUGCCAUUGUUGCAACUAGCAACAGUGCCAUUGAGGCAACCUUUUCAAACACUUCAAGAGAUAAUGAUCAGAACCCACGUCUAAGAAAAAGGAAGCUACCAAUGUCACCAAACCCAACCAGCAGCUCUGGUACAGCAAAUACAAUUGGACCAUCCCAAAGUUCAUCACCCUCUUCCCCUUCAACAACCCAACCAACAGAAGAUGGGGCUUCAGUACCUUCGCUGCUUCCAGAUAGCAAGUCACAGAAAUUUUGCAGCAGUGUGCGUGCUGAAACACACGCAUCAGUGUCUAAUCAGAUGGCUGAUAUUGUUCGCCUUAUGAGUCAUGGGUCUGUGGACGACAAUGUUGAUUCUUUCCUUGAUGAAAAUGUGGGUGGGUCUGAAGAUGUGUCUGCUCAGUGCAUGGGUAUUACAUUCUCAAAAGUUGGAAGCAUUGAACCCAAUGCGGUCAACUGCUUUGACUUCUCAUAUGAGGGUGAACUUAUAGCAACUGGGGGAGAUGAUAACAAGGUUGUCUUAUGGUGCACAGAUUCCAAGGAGCAGAAGUUUAUACUUGAAGAGCACUCUAACAAAAUAACAGACGUUCGUUUUAGCCCAAGACUGCCGCUGCUUGCUUCAUGUUCCGUGGACAGGAUGAUUAAAAUUUGGGAUGUUCAUAACCCAGGGCAGUCAAUACGAACCUUUACUGGGCAUUCUGCCUCUGUCAUCUCAGUUGACUUUAACCCAAAAGACGACAACCUUAUCUGCUCUUGUGAUGACGCUAGUGCCAUUCGGUAUUGGAACAUAAAAGAUGGUUCUUGUGCUGGAAUUUCGAAGGCUGUUGCAGCUCAAGUCAGGUACCAGCCUGCUCAUGGGAUCUUUCUUGCUGCAGCUGUUGGGGAUGGUGUGUCAUUGAUAGAUUGUGAAACUAAUCAAACCUGCAGAUACCCUCUGAAGGGGCAUGCGUCAAAAGUUCAUUGUGUAUGCUGGAGCUCUUCCGGGGACUACUUAGCAUCUUUGAGUGAAGAUUUGGUUAGAGUAUGGAAAAUUGGCUCCGGUGGAGACCCAAAGUGCAUUCAUGAGUUGAGCAUAACCGGGAAAAGAUUCCGGACGUGCAACUUUCAUCCAACCCACCCUUCUUUCUUGAUUGUCGGUACCCACCAGUCCCUGGAGUUUUGGAACAUGGCGGAGAACAAGACAAUGGCAGUCCUUGAGGAGCCUAUCUCUGUAUUGGCAAGUUCAACAAUUACUGGUUUGGUAGCCUCGUCCAGCUGGGGCAAAACGGUCAAGCUGUGGAAGUGAACAUAGGCUUGUUUGGCUUACUGAAUUUCUAUUCCAGCCUUAACCCUGAUGAAGAAAGGUAAUGGUUCUGA